AUGGGGCAGGUACUAAGCGGCCUUGAGAUCAAGGUCUACACGGGUGCAGACCCAGAGGCGCAGGAGAAGUACAAACACCGGCAGCGCAAUCGCUGCGACGCGCGCGUCGACGACUUGUGCCGCACUCUCGCUGGCGGCUGGGGCCAGCUGCGUGAGAACGUGCCUGUUGCGUGGCGAAACCUACAGGAGUGCUACGCCGCAGAAGAGGG